AUGCGAUUGUCGUGGAGUUCGGUAUGGCUAUGGGGAUGUCUGCUGGUGUCGGGUAUUGCAGCAGCACAACGUGAAACCGUUGUGUAUCCGCAGAAAUAUCAAACAUCGCAUCGUGCGGCAAACGCCUCGAGCUCGACCUGCAUCACUUUAUCGUCCUCUGAUGCAGCUGCGAUUCUCGACUAUGGCACAGAAAUCGGCGGCUUUCCAGUAUUCGACGUCCAGUCAGUCUCGGGUCCAGUUCAGGUAGAAGCCAAAUAUUCCGAAUCCAGAGUUGCUCUGGAUGCACCCUUCGCCGACGGCCCCUGGACAUUCUCGAAUGGACUGUCCAACACCUUUCGCGUCGAGACUUUCAACAUCACUGAGCCAGGACAUGUCCAAUCCUUUCUCACUCAAGGUGGCCUCCGUUGGCAGAGGCUGCAACUGCAGAGCCCGCAGAGCACUGUCAAGAUCUGCCGCGCGGGCAUCCGUUCUGCCAAUGAUCGAACAGCAGUCGAUGCCCUUCCGGGACACUUUGAAUGCUCGAACCCGCUGUACAAUGAGAUUUGGGCAUUGGGUCCUCGAACACUGCAACAGGCCUGUAUCGCAAACAACACGGCGCCGUCUACCUGGGAGGUAACAUCAGACGGGGUGUACCUGCGCGGACAGCAGCCAGCUGCAUCUGUCAAGGGUGCGCCCUAUGCGAACUAUACAAUGUCCUUCCGCUCGAAGAUUGUCCGCGGUGGUACGGGCUGGAAGGUUGCUUCCGGUGUGACUGGAUAUGGCCCAUACUUUGUUCUCACGAGCGAGUAUCCUCCUGGAUUCACGUUCUUGAACACAAAUCGCACUCUUGUCCCUCCAAACACUCUGGUUGUUGGGUACGGAUAUAACUUGGUCAACCAGACGACAUUGACAACAGGUGCCGUUAAGCAUUUCCCGCUAUCGUUCAACGUGACGGAAGGCGAAUGGUACAACAUAUCAACUACCAUCAACCAAACUGGCUAUUCUGUGUCCAUCAAUGACCACCCAGCGGUCUUUGUUGCGCUCAAGCAUCUUCAAACCCCCAGUGUCAGCAUCGGGGGGCCCAGUAGUCUCACCAGUGGCACAUGGGCUUUUGGACCGUACCAAGACCAGAUAGCAUACGUCAAGGAUGUCAAAGUGUCAGCGCAGAAUGGAACACAGCUAUACCAGAAUCCAAUGACCGACGAAUCUGUGCUCGAAGAAUAUGGAGUUAUGACGAACAGCGAGUCUGUCUGUCUAGACGGCGCUAAACGAGAUCGUUUAGUAUGGUCCGGAGACUUCACUCACACAUACCGUGUCAUUACAGCGAGUACACAUCGUCAGGACUUCCUUGCAGGCACAUUAGCCUACAGCUUAGACCGACAAGCUAAGUCCGGUGUAUAUGAAGGAUUCUUUUCUAUGUCGCCAACAAUGGGCCAGUCCGCGGAGUACACUUUGAUAUACAACACCUUCGGGAUUCUCGAUUACCAAAUGCUCUUCCUCAACACCUUUGCCGGCUACUAUCUCGACUUCGCCGACGACACAUUCCUGCAGAAAUACUGGCCCCAGGCAAAGAAGGGAGUCAAUGCGGUUCUGCCUCUGGUCGAUAGCACCUCUGGACUCGUCGUCUCCCAGUCCAUCCCGGGAUCCUUCUUCCUCGGCCCCACAAAUGGAACCGCACCUUCAGCUCUGCUAGUCUACACCCUCCAGCGCAUGGGAAGACUCGCGCACAUUAUCGGAGACACCCAGACAGCCACAAAUUGGACCACCACAGCAACCCACGUCUCCAACGCCAUCAACUGCCAGCUCUGGAACGACAAAACAGGAACCUACGGCGAAAGUCUAACCUCCCUCAACGCAUCCUCCAUAACCGGCACCGCAUGGGCAAUCCUUGCAGACGUAGCAAACACUACCCAAGCUCAGCGAUCCAUCGCAGCACUCUCCUCUCUCCGUUUGGGCAUCGGCUACAAAGAAUCCUCCUCGACCUCGAACACACCCAACACACAAUUAUCCCCCAACCUCUCAGGCUUCCUCCUCGAAGCGCUCUUCCAGCACAGCCGCUCCAGCACAGCCCCGCAAAACACAACCACAGAAGCCAUCAGCGUCCUCCUAAACCGCCUCUGGCCCGCAAUGGUUAACCAGGAUAAAUACUACACAGGCACGGCAUGGGAAUACCUCGACACUGUCGGCCGCCCGGGAUUAGACUUCUACACAUCCCACGCUCAUCCCUGGGGCGCAGCACCUACAUACGUUUUCACGGAAUACGUCCUUGGUAUCCAGUCUGUGACGCCUGGGUUUAGGGAGUGGGCGUUCAGACCUGCGUUGCUUGAUGUUGGGGUUUCUUGGGCUGGAGGGAGAGUUCCGACGCCGUUUGGGGCGAUUCGGGGGGAUUGGACGGUUGAUUGGGCGAGGAGGUAUUUGGAGAUUAAUGUUUGUACGCCGAGGGGGGCGAAGGGGACGGUUGGGUUGCCGUUGAGUGUGGAGUCGUAUACGGUUAAUGGGGAGGAGAGGGGUGUUGAGGGGGUAGGGUUGGAGGAGAAGGUUGGUGGGGGAGAGUGUGCGAAUAUUUCUGUUGUGUUGAAGUGGGUUUCUACCGCUCAUGAUCUAAAAACAUAA